AUGGGCUUCUGGGCAAUCUUUGAGAUCAUCGGCGUCGUCUGCACAGUCAGCGACUUCAUUAUGUUUCCCUUGUGCCACCCUGGAGAGUGGGAUCAAGCCUCCAUCGACAUGAGCAACCCAACUCAAUCACUCAAGGAACGCUUGGAGAAAUUGCCAGCAGAUGUGCGCAUCAACAUCCCAGACGGUCCCAUCGAUGAGGCUGAUGUCGAGAGCAUCAUGGCCUCAGCUAUCUCUAUGACAAGAUCCCAAGUCAACGUUGACCCGGAUGCCAUGACCGCAGAGGAACUGGAGCUUUUCUUGGAUGGACUCUUGGCUCCCAAGCCCACCACCAUGUUGACUGUUGCUGCAAGCAAGCCCACCGACCAGUCCCAAUCCUGA